CGUAACAGCCGUCACGGUCGUCGCGACUCGUCCACCGACAGAAGCUUGCGCGAUGUGCUUUCAUAGAUUUUCUUGAUGUCAAGUCCUACUUUCCAUUGGAAAUGCAGCUUCUUUUUCGAUCACCUGAGAAGCUAAAGGCUGCCUGUCGAGUAUGGAUAGCCGCUCCGUGAAAGUCACAAUUGUACAGUACGUGUGUCGAGGUGCCUACUUGUAGCGUGUACCGUUCGCCGGCCGGUUUCGUGUGAACGUUUGUGAUCAACUGGUUGUAUUCAGUCGGCUGAAGAGUGAUAAUGCGAAACUUUUAUAUUGCUGCUUUGUUAUAAAUCGACGGACGAUCUAGUCACCGCUUCACCUAUAAAUAUAGCUGACCACUGCCGUUGCUCGCGCCUAUCCGUUAUGUGUCCCCAGCUCAUCGUCGCGCUUUCGUUUCUCGUUUGUGCCUAUGCCUACGUUGCUGAUGAGCUCCAAGGAGCUGUCCCGAAUCUGGAUUUCCGUGCAUCCGAAGAUGUGUUCAAGCCUGCUGCCUCACCGACUUCUAAAGAUGAUGUAUCCACAGAGUCCAACACAGAAUUCUGGCAUGGAUUCCUGGGGGCAAUCUCAGUCAUCAUUGUCUCUGAGCUUGGAGACAAAACAUUCUUCAUUGCAGCGAUCCUCGCCAUGCGCCACUCACGCUUGGUUGUCUUUGGAGGUGCCAUUGCAGCCCUGUCCAUUAUGACAGUGCUCUCAGCUGGCUUAGGCUUUGUAACUACAGUUAUUCCCCGUGUAUACACGCAUUAUUUGUCCAUUGCCCUCUUCGUAUUCUUCGGUGUCCGCAUGAUCAGAGAAGCAUAUUACAUGCAACCUGAUGAAGGCAUGGAUGAGUAUGAAGAGGUCCAGAAAUCACUGACCAGAAAAGAAACGGAUGACAUUGCCAGCCAAGCGAGGGACUCGGUCGUCAGCAUGGAGGCCGGGGCGACCGCAGUGAGCUUUCGUAGGCGGGUGCGCUUGUUCCUGUCCAAGGUGUUCUUUCAAGCCCUGACCCUCACUUUUGUGGCCGAGUGGGGUGACCGCUCACAGAUAGCCACAAUCAUUCUUGCUGCGCGAGAGGACCCAGUAGCCGUGUCCCUUGGAGCCAUACUUGGUCACAGCCUGUGCACUCUGCUCGCAGUCAUCGGAGGCAGGCUUGUGGCACAAUGGAUAUCUGUCCGAACAGUCACAUUUAUUGGAGGAGUAGUGUUCCUGGUCUUUGCAGUGUCAUCGUUGUACCUUGGCUCUGGAGAAAAAUCAUUGAGGAGCCUAUGAGGCUGCAGCUCUACGACAGGCCCAAGGCACCAAAGAGAACAUCAAGCGUACGAUUGUUUCUAUGAAAAAGAAAAGUUCAUGUGUACAAAUUUUGGAUGGCUAGAGCUCGCGAACUGUAGGUAGUGACUGAAAAAUGCUAUUGUGUCUUUCUGUAUGUUCUCUCAAGGGCAUUCCUGAAAUGUCCCUCGGAUGUUGAGUGGUGCUGCAUUAAUUAUGUAUAAGCACCAGUAUUUUGCUGCUUAUGUUCCCAACAAAUCUUGUUCUUCUGUGAUCACUGCGUGCUGGUAUCAGUAAAGCCUUGUUAAUUCAACCCUCAAUAUUACAAAAUCUUUUAUAGUAUGGACAUGCUCUCUAGCCUUGGCAAGCUUCUGCAUUGUUUAAAAACCUCAUUCAGAUCUAUCUGGCUGCUGCACCUGUUUUGUUUUUAAUUGCAAAGUGCUGGAAAUGUCCAGUGCAAAAAAACCAGCAAGGUAAGGUGGCUGGUGUCACCCCCCUCCCCCCCAAAAAAAACAAAAAACAAAGAGGCACAGUCUACAUUAUCAUUGUCAUCAGACUGAAUGUUCGGUAAGAACAGGCCCUAUCUAGACAGGCGCUGACUAUUUGCAUUUAUCACCGCAUCGGUCAUGUGCCUUCACAACGGCAUGGUUGCUACCCAUGAUCACAUUGUUUGCAAGGUGGAUUUCAUUUGCAGAGGUUGUAGCAUACGGUACGUUUUGUUUUCACUUCAUGUAUGUAUGCUGCAUGUGAGCCUUCAGAAAUGUAUGGGCUUUUGAGUGCAUCGCUAAUAACUGUAGUUUUAAUCUUCAGUGGUUGCGUCACUCAGUGUUUUAGAUUAGUUAUGUUAGAUGCAAUGUGUGCGUAGUAGUGUCACAAACAUGGCGGCAACAGUCAAAGAUGAACGAUUUUAUCGCAAUUAGCGUGCUGGCAUCUAACUCCCUAGUUAUGUCUCAGCAGUUGGGACAUUGGUUGCCGAUCAGCUCAACGGUGAAAACAUUUGUCAUACGUGCUUGGAGGUGGUAGUAGUGAAUGAAGAUACAGAGGAGGGGGGGUGGGGUGGAAGGCACCUGUUCAAUUAAGAUACGGCUCUUGACUCCUUCGAUAAUUCAUCAUUUGCAUGAUAUAAAUUUUUUAUAAUUCCCAAUAAUUAUGAACAAAUGAGGUUUUUCUGUCUAUGAGUUGGGCCUGAUCAUACAAAACUACUGUUAAGUCUCAUGGUUUGAUAAAAUGGCUGGGCUAAGCAUUCUUGGGCAUACGCUGUUUUCAGUACGUUUUCAUUACUUGUUAGUGUAGAAUUCAGCUUAUUUUGUUUAUUAUAUUUUGUUACUUUCUAUUUGUGUCUGUUGUAUUCAUCUUACGAAGAAGUCUGUAGCCAAUGAAUAUAAACUCCUGUACGAAUUUUUUAUUUCAGUGUACAGCUUUGGCAGUAGUUCGUCAGUCGGUCUCGUAUUACCAUACCAAGCAAUAAAAGCAUUUUGUAGCAAUUGUCUAAUGGCAAUUCUUACAGAAAUCAUUUUAAGCUUUAUAUUGUGAAAAAGAACAGUUGAAGCCAUAAAUUAGAGUUGGUGCCACAGCGGAGUGUUCUCCUAUUGAGCUCAAAGUACUGCUGUUGUAAACUUGUCGGUCUUGGUUUCUGUUAUUGCCUUUCAAUGAGCCGUUAACUACUAAAAUUUUAGCAUGUAACUCCAGAACAAAGUGAGCUCGGUAUUACCAUGUGCUGUCUUUCAUUCACACUACAAUACCUUUGUGCUAGACACUCUCGUUGGUUUUGGGGCAGCCAUUACGCCAGUUGCACAAAAUGUUGCAAGGGCCACCUUCCGGCCUUGUUGGUACAACAUAUCUUAAGCGUUUAGCACAGAUUUCUCAGGACUGGAAAAAAUUAAGGGAACACAUGUAUGUGUGGUCCCUUUGUCUUUUCCAGCCUUCAGACACUUCAGACAAGAUGACGCAUCUUGCAACAAUGGAAAUAUUUACAGAGAAGGAAAGGACUUUGUGUCUGAAUGCUUGUGUGUGCAUGUAUGUACUGCGCAUGUGAGUUUAAAAUGGUCACUAAAGGUAUAUAUGUAUGUGUGGGCUCUUAACGAAACAUUCCAAGAAAUCCACAGUGCUUGUGUGCCAAAAAAAGAUGCAAUAUCGACCUUCUGAUGGGACCGGCAACACAGUGGAGCAGCCUCUCACUUGCAGCUAGGAUGAGGAGUGCACACUGCCACAUGUAUGGAUGGUAAAGCACAGUGCAAUCUCUUGCACCUAUCAGUCAAAGAUUUUUUAUUCAACAACCCGCCUCGGUGGUCUAGUGGUUGACUGCUGACCCGCAGGUUGCGUGGUCGAAUCUUGGUUGCUGUGGCCACAUUUUUGGUGGAGGCGAAAAUGCCUGAAGCCCGCGUGCUUGGAUUUAGUUGCGCAUUAAAGAUCCCCCCUCCCAAAUGGUGAACUUUGUAUAUAUAGUGAAGCACACAAUUUUGAGUGCUCCCCAUAUUUAGGUGUAUUACAUGCAGGGUGCUCAAGAAGUAUGGGUCUUUUCACUGCGUCAUCCCACGGAACCUAAAAUCGUUUCUGUGCUGAAAAUCAACGGUGAAAUCUUGUUGCAAAUAUUGGUGAGAAAUAAAAAAAGGCUGUCAUUGAUGUU